GGGUCGAGAGCGCCGGGCGAGCAGCAGCCGCCUCCAAUGGCGAGCGCCCAGCCCGAUGCAGACAACACUGCCUCUCUCAACGGUCAGCCACAGCCACCACCGGCGCAGCAGCCGCAGCACUACCACCGAGCGCGGCCCCCGCAGGAUCCUCUCCUGCCCAUGGGCUGCGAGCCCCUGCUGGCACCCAGGGGCACCCCAGUCCAGCCUGGUGCACACUGGGAGGUGGGCGAACCUCCCGGCGGCUGGCACGUGGUGAAUGGUCUCUCUGGGGCAGAGAAGGGUAGCCACCGCUGUAAGGGCCUUCUGCAGCAGCAGCAGCCCAAGAGUUUCGGGGGCCCCCCGCACGGCCCCGCAGCCGGGGUGGUGCCCCCCUAUGUGGCAGCAGCGGCUGCCCCCCACCAGCCCGGUGUCCCGCCCCACGUGGUGCUUUUGCACAUCAACCCGGGUGAGACCAUCUUCUUCCAGAUGGGCGACCAGAUGCAGCUCAUACAGGGUCCUGCUACUGUCCGGAUGGUGUCCAACAGCACGACGCCGCCCAUGGCGGUGCCCGUGCAAGUCCCCCCGGGCCACGUGGUGCAGCAGAUAGUGGACGAGAAUGGGACCCUGCGCCACAUCAUCCUGUCGCCCCAGCCGCAGCACGUGACGCUACCCACUGUUGCCACCCCAUACACGGGUGCCCCGGGCGGCGCCCCUCCCCCAGCCCAGCCGGCAGCAGCCUUCUUCCCGUACACCGCUCCCACGCCGGGGGCCCCCGCCGGACUCCAGUUUGCGGGGCAGUUCCACUCGGCCAUGCAGGCCCCCCUCGGCGCCAGUCCCCACUCCCCUCAAGGUCAUGCGGUUCCCGGCGUGGUCCCCCAACAACAACCGCCGCAGGGAAUGGUCCCGCCCCCGCACAAGGACGAGCGCUCGCAGAAGCAGGCCCUGAAGCUGCGCAAGAAGCUCGAGUCUCGGCAAGGACCCUCCUCCUCCUCCCUGGGGGCUCCCUCCUCCGGAGCACGCUCAGACUCCUCCUCUCCCAAGUCGGGUCAUGGUUCUCCUAGUUCGUCGAGCUACCACAAGUCAAACCAUAGAAGCAGUCCCAAGCUUGUGGAAGCAGACAUCGCCCUACGUGCCCUGCUGUCCUCGCUGUCCGCCCCGGCGGUCUCUCAAGUCGGGGCAAGGGAAGCGACGGCGGAGUGGAGUGCCCCCGUGGCCAACGCCACUCCGGCUCCCAAGGAGGGAGAGGUCGCGGCGGCCGCCGAUGGAGCAUCCUCCACCGCGGCGUCCUCUGCCGCAGCUACCCCCGCCGCGCCUCCACCCGCGCCUUCGCUCGAAGAGGUCUCCUACGAACUGCUGCUCUCAGAGAAGGGUCAGGACCGGCCUGCCAGGCUGCUUAAAUGUGGCAAAGUCCUGCGCAGCAAGCUAGAAGACCUCAAGCCAGCGACGGAGUAUAUUCUCUGUGUUCAAGCUGUCCUGGAGGACAGCAGAGGAAGCCCAUCACCAAGUUGCGAGUUUCUGACGGCCAGUUGCGAACCGGAUGCACCGUUGCCCCCCAAGCUCGUUACCCGGACAAAGAGCACGCUGGCACUCAAGUGGAAUGCUCCCUGUGACAACGGGUCCAAAAUCACCUGCUACAUCCUCGAGUGUGACCAGGGAACGGAAGGCAAGUUUGAGCCAAUCUUCUCCGGAGCACAGAAGCAGUUCAAGGUGUCCAAGUUGGCUUCCUCGACGGCUUACUGUUUCCGCCUGGCUGCCAGCAACUCCGUGGGAACAAGUCCCUGGAGCAGUACGUGCCGGCUGACGACAUGUGGCGCCGCGCCAGUUCCCCCCGAGCCCCCCGUGGUGGGCCAGGUGACGGCCUCCAGCGCUGCGCUGGAGUGGGACUGCCGUGCCACCGACGACUCCUUCACCCUUUCUUUGGAACAGGAAGGCUCGCAACACGGGUUCAUACCGGUGUACAAUGGAUCAGAAACUCGCUUCACUUGCCAGCGUCUUAUCAGGAACACAGAGUACAGGGUCAGGUUGGUGGCACACAACGAGGAAGGCUCGAGCGGCCCUAGUCGGGUGACUUCCCUGCGCACCCUACCUGACCGGCCGGGGCGCCCAGCUCGCCCCAGCGCCAAGGGCCGCGUCCGCAGCCACAACUUCACCGCAUCCUGGGAACCCCCCAAGGAUGACGGAGGAUCUGAAAUUACCCGGUACAGCCUCCAGAUGGACUCUGGCAAUGGCUUCGAGGAAGUCUAUGCUGGUCCCGACCGAGACCACGUCUGCUCUGGAUUGGAACCCGGUGCAACGUACAGACUUCGAGUGAACUGCUCAAGUGCUGGAGGUGUCAGUGAUUUCUCGGAAGUGUCCAGUGUGGCCACCUUGCCGCUGUGCCCUGGAGCCUGCGACCCGCCUCGCAUGCACGGGAAGGCGAGAGCAAUCUCUGCCCACAUCAAGUGGGCGCCGCCGGCCUACGACGGAGGAUCCCCCGUGACCGAGUUCGAGCUCCAGGUGGCUGCGGCCCCCGACCCGGAGUCCGAAACCCGCAAGGAGCCCCGGGUGGCCUACAGGGGCCCCGACUGGGACUGCACCGUGGCCGGGCUGCUGCCGGGGAGGGCCUACUUGUACAGCGUGCGUGCCUUCAACAGUGCAGGGGCCGGACCCUGGUCGGAGCCCCUGCAUGCCCUGAGCGGUUCGGGGCCCCCCGACGCCCCCCGCGGCCUGUCGGUGCAGGUGCGCAGUGCCAGCUGCGCCCUCGUCUCGUGGGAAGAGGCCACGUGCCAUGGUGCACCAGUGUCUGAGUACCUGCUGGAGUGCCGGCAGCCGGAGACUGCGGCAAGCGGCGCCACCACCUUUGCGCAGCUGUACUCCGGAAGGACUGCCCACUUCGAGGCCAAAGGGCUCGAGCCGGCCUCCUGCUACUGCUUCAGGGUGCAGGCAGUGAGCAGUGCCGGCCCAAGUCCCUUCUCGGACGCGGUGGAGUUUGUAACACCCCCCGGUGUGCCGGGUCCCGUCGGGAGCCUAGAGUGCGUCAGGGGUCACACCAGCCUGGAACUGACGUGGGCCCAGCCUCCGUGUCACGGAUCCGACAUCACGCACUACAUCGUGGAGGUGACAGAGAUGGGACCGUUGUCAUCUUCCUCCGCGUCUGCAGUUUCGCCGGCAGCGACGGCAACGUCGUUUUCACCAGCGUCGACGCACGUCGCGGAAACCACUCGGCUAUCAGUGUCGUCACUCAGGCCUGAGACGGCGUACAAGGUGCGUGUGCAGGCCGUGAACGGGGUCGGUUCCGGCCCCCUGAGCAGUCCGGCCCUGCGGACGAGCACUCGGGCGCUACCCCCUCCUGCCCCCUCCCUGGAGUGCCUGGGGGCCACCCACAGCAGCCUGAGGUUGCGCUGGGGGGACCAGGCCGAGAAGUCUCUCAGGGACUUUGUCCAGUACACCCUCGAGAUGGAGGUCAAGCCAGGACUGUUUGCGGUGCUGUACCAGGGCCCGAGCCAUUCGUACAAGGCGUCGCGCCUUCAGGAGAACCACCCGUACCGGUUCCGGAUCCAGGCGACCAGCGAUGCCGGUGAAGGGCCGCACUCGGAGCCAGCCACCUUCUCCACGACCAGGGCCUUGCCGCCGGCACCCAAGGCUCCUCGCGUGACCCCCCAGGGAGACACGUCGUGCCUGUUGGAGUGGCAAGCCGUGCGUCUUCUCACGGACGAUCCCGUGAGCUACCUGGUCCAGCUGCAGCAGUCUGGGUCUUCGGAGUUCUCUGUGGUCUACCGUGACUACGACACGAGAUGUUCCCUGAGUAACCUGUCGCCCCACACGUUCCACUGCGCGCGGGUGGCGGCGGUCCGCCACUGCCCCCAGAGUCCCGAGCCCCUGUGCGGGCCGUACGGCCCGGCAACCUCGUUCCAGUUGUUCGCCGAACCAGCAGCCGGCAACGGCGGGUCUUCCCAGGUCGGUGCGUCUGCCUCCGCCACUUCUGGCUGGAGCCUCCAAGGGUCCCGGUCGGGGCUUCUUCCUUCCCUGGGCGACCAACAGUGGGCUGGGAUUCUCGUCGGCGGCUUCACACUGCUGGCUGUGCUGGCCGCAGUGUUGCUCCAGGAAGUGGUCGCCCGGAAUCAAUGACGAAAGACGCGGUCGUCUCGUCAUUGCGUCGUGGGAGCACUUGUUAUUGCGGACGUUAUUGUUGUUUGUUGGUGCCAGAAACUGCCUGCUUCCGCCGCCGCCAUCGCUCGCGCCGCCUUGGCUUCUUUUUCGUUUUCAUUUAUUUGAAGGGGAAAAUAUAUAUAUAUAUAUAUAUUUUUUGUGGGGUGCCGUCUUUUUCGUGCUGGGUGCGAGGAGAGACGACUAGUUCAAGAGGCGUCGUAAACCGCUCCGGCAUGGAGUGGGCGGGAAGCCGACGGGAAAGGGGCCACCGACGGGCUGUAGCUUGCGUUGAUGACCGGCCGCCAAAAUGGUGCUGUUUCUGCGCUGUGUUGGCCAAACGUGAGAUAGCUAAACGACCAAUGUUCAUAAUCCAAACGCCGCCGAGGACCAUAUCCGAGAACGGCACGCUGCACGACGGGUAGGGACCGUGCAACCCUCGGCCACUUGCGGUGUUUUCUUUUGUCUUCGUUUUGUCCGGCCUACGAGGUGGCCCUGUGACAAAAUACAGCUGCACCACUUCUCAUUUCUCAUUUGCUGCUGCGGGGCAUUUUUGAAGAAAAAACAAGUUUCCUUUCUCACAUGUAUUAGCGUUCACCGAAAGGGUGCGUCCAGUCUUCUUUUCUCACGUUCCCGGCCGCAACGACCCCGUUCGACCCACGCGCGUCUCAAUGUGUUGGCACUGCACACUUGCUCCCCGACCCACCCCCGGAAGGUGCGAAGCGUCGGCUGCUGCACGGGCUUUUAAUGCGAGUUUUUUUUCUUUCCCCUUUUGCACGUGUGUGUGUGGCGUCUGUCUGCAUGGUUUUAUCUGCAUGUAAAGUGUGUGAAUGUGUCGAGCUCUCUAUGUUGUGAUCUCUAUAUCGUUUUGGUGUUUUACGUUGUACAUCCUCACAAACCGUAUGAGGGGCGUGGCGAGCCACCGUCGUUUGAGAUCGCUAGCAGACGCUGCCACUUUCCGAAUUCGUACGACGUCCGCCACACGAGUUCUGGAGAUGCCUAGCAGAACUCUGCUCCGUGUACAGAUGCGAAAGUGGGCUAUGCAUUAGAAAACGGACACUCACGGGUGCAAAACUCGCUCGUACUCUCUUACCCUCUCUCUCUCUCCUGAAUGCAUCCAACAUUCUCUGGAGAAAUCUUAAAUGUUCUUCAUUUCUGCACUUCUCUGGCUUUUUUUUUUUUUUUUUUUCUGCUUUACAAUACUCACUUUUUCUUUUUAUUCAUUCCAAGUUUUACUCAUUUACCGGGGUCUAUGUAGAAUUGGCAACUAUACUACAGCUCUGAGCACAAGCUAGCUUGCUGACCUGGCUUUCUUGCAUUUUUGCUCGUAUGUAAGAAAGGUUUGUCGGAGAACACAUGCGUUGCUGGGGCGCUAGAGAAAGAUCUAAAGGAUUUGCAGGAGUGUUGUGUUGAGGAACAACCUGGCCAAAAAAUAGUACACAAAUCAAGCACUACCAUUUUCUGUUUAUUUUUUUUUGUGGUUGAUUGUAUAUUUUGUGAGAUAUUGAGUGCUUUGCUAUGCAUUUCAAUUGGGAUAGUCAAGUUUUGGUGAAUGCAGACUGGAUUUGGGAAGAAGUAAGAAUGUCUCUGUUUAGGAGUCUGGAGGUAGUGUAUAUCAUUUUGUACCCUUUAGUGGUGAGAACACUUGUUGCCAUGCUUGAACCGGACUCGAUUAUCAUUUGAUACUGUACAAGUGUACUGCAAAGUGUGUGCAAAUGUGUCUGAACUUCGUCGAAAGUGCUUCAGUUGAGGUACGGCACAUGCGCCCACAUACUUUCCUGGGCAGUGCCUAAAACUCUUGUUUGUAUGAAAACUUUUUCAUUGAAAAGGCGGCGUUGCUCGAAAGUUGUUAUGCUUACCAAUUUUUGUUUGUCUGCUCAAAGAGUGUUCUAGAAGUCCAAACGAAUCGGCCAGCCUCAAUUUCUUUACGAUUACUUGUUACAAAAUAGUCAGUGUGAAUAACUUUGUACAAAAGGUGGUAUGAGGGUGCAGGUACCAUGCGUAAAACUUUCAAAGAAUACUAAUUUGGGAUUCUAAAGUCUGCUUCUGCUGCCCAAGUGCAUGUGCAAACAGAUUCUAAAUUUGAGUGGCAAGUUCUCGAUUCACAAUUUAGAAUAUUUCCUCCCCUGUCUUGAGAUUUAUUAACUCAUCGUAAACAACUGCAUCAACUUGCUUGUGCCCCUGUCGAAAAUGUUGCAAAGUACCAGCGUGAGAUGAGCAUAUUUUAUUUUUUUUUAUAAAAUUCUCAAUGUGAGUGUACUUAUGUUUUUGUGUAAGCAAUUGUGAACUCUCUAUUAUAUUAGUUUGUCCAUUAGCCACAUGCUUUGGGUAUCGAUAUAUUUGUCUGGCUGUGUGUGUUGGUAACAAUCGUCUUCCAUUUGCUUAUUUUCCAUUUUUAAUGGUCGGGCUUAGUUGAAUUUCCACAGCUUUAUUUUCGCCUCUUGUUGCACUCGCUCUUGCAAUAUUUGGUUUUAGACUCAAAAUACCUUUGUACCUUUUUUUUUUUUUUUUUUUGCCCCCAUUGUUUUUGCAUUAAUUUCUGGUCACACGGUUUGGGAUCAUAGACUUGACCAGCAUGGUGCAAGAUACUGAUAUUUGUAAAGCUACCAAAUAAAGUAAGCAGCUGUGCAAUGCUUUCUCUUGAGCCUCCAUUAGUUUGGAUGCAAAGCUAGAUUCUUGAACUGGCUGCAACCUAUUUACACAUAUUUUUUAGUCUCUUGUAAUGGCGUUGGAGUAAAGAUUGUGUGAAACACGGCCUGACAACAGACAAAUCUACAAGGACCACUUUUAUCAACCUGACCACGUAGCUGCGCAACUUUAUAAUUAUAUUUUAGACGCUUAAAGUUUUGUCGUUCCGCGUGCGACGUAGGGAGAGGCCUCGAGGAGGAGCUGCCUUUGAUGGGAGCACUCUGCUUUUGCUUAUUACAAAUCUAAACCUUCAUAACCUCGGUGUUUUAGCGAAGCAGCCCGAAAGCGAUGGAAACAGCCAGCAGGGUAGAUAAUGCACCUCACUUUCCAAACGGAGCGUUUCAGCACCGAAGCAUUAUUUUUGUGGAAGGAAUGGCUGGAGGUUUGUAAAGAAGCAGAAAGCCCUUGCAUUUAUAUGUCGUGUGUACAUAUACGGAGACUAUGGCGUAGUCCUUUGCUCCGAGGUAGCACAACGGGCAAACCGUGAACCGAGUGAGAUGCGCAAUUGCAGAGUUGCGCGUCUCGUUCGGCCAGAUGCGCAUCUUUGAGCGUUUUGCUGAGUGACGUGCGCAAUCUCGGCGCAGGAAUCUUUCUUUUGGCGCGGAGCUGGCGCAAGGCUGGUGCUAGGAACGUGCCCCACGACGUACCCGUGCCGCGAGAGUCUUUAUGGAGGAAAACAAUCCAGAGAGUGCCUGCAAUCUUUAGGGUGGUGUGUGGUGCAAUAGGCAUUCUGGACUGCUCCGGCUUUCCACAUUUUGAAUCUGUUGGCUUGGUUGGGACGCUAGAAAGAAAGAAGAAAAGCCGGUCAAUCGAACAAUCAAUCUAAGGCGUUCCGCGCUCUGCCAAACGGGUCAGCUGCAAUGUGUGGCUUUUUUUUUUUUUUUUUGAAAGGUGUUUUGCUUUUGUUCAGUGGGUCUUUGGGGCGGGGCUUGAGUAUGACAGAAGAAACAGACCAGUGAUUGUUUGCGUUUUGUUGAGCUGCACUUUUGAGUUGUUUGUGUACUGCAGUUUACUUUCGUAAACUCUGGAGUUGAGAGCAAGUGACACUCAUGAACAAAGGCAAAAAAAAAAAAAAAAAAUCUAGCACGAAGGAGGUGUUGUGCCGAGGGUCUCCAGGCGGCACGGCACCUGUCAUCCCUUCGCUGCCUCCCUUGUUAUCACUGAGCUUAACGGGUGGAAUAAGUGUUUGCUGUUUCCCUAAUUCCUACUUCCGCGGUAGGGAAAACUCCUCCGUUAAGGGAAAAAAAAAAGCCAUUUGUUCCUGCAAAAAUGUGUGCGAGUACCGCUACAUGCGUGUGACCAAUCCAUGUCUUGUUGUUGUCGUCUUUGUCUCUCAUUUUGCAGGUUAAAGAAAUGAAAAAUGUUCUUACAUAUCUAUGCGUUAUUAACAGAACAAAUGACUUUAUUUUCGUAAGCGUAUAGUUAGUAUACUUGUCUAUAAUAUAUAUAUAUAUUAUACAUAUACACGCAUGAAAUGCAUCGUAUAAAUAUAUUAUACAUAUAGUAAACCUUUGCUCCUGGCUGUUUUACAUGCAUUUCUUGUUUCUUUCUCCCGUUACGUUUGGAGGUACGCGAGUCGAAAAAGGAAAGCCGUCGCAUCUCUAAGCAAAAGCGAAGCUGAGCCAAGUGUUGGGGGUGUCAUAAAUGCGAAGUUCUUCCACAGAAUAAAGUGACGAUUGCCGCUGUAAAACCUUUCUUCUCCUGUAUACAUUAUUUUUUUCACUAAGAACUAAUCGUGUUGUCUCACUUGUAUGAUACAUAUGUAUAUUGCUAUAUAAAUAAAUAUAUUGGCAACAUGAA